AUGUCUCGUCUUACGAUUCUCUUUGUCGUCGUUGCAGCGUAUGAAGUGCUUGGAGAUGCUGUGAGGAAAGACGUCGCUGUUGCUGAUUCUAGUGUAGCCGCUAGUGGCUUAAUCGGCUAUGGCUAUGGUGGAGGCCUUAAACUCGGCGCACCAUCAGCUGGCAUUGUUGUACCUGGAGGAAUUGGAAGUGGAUUAAUAGGAUCUGGAAUUGAAUAUAUCAACGGUGGGGGUAGUGGAUCUCUUAAUAAUGCGGCCGCCGCAGGCGCUGCACAACUUAGUGCUAUCCAAAAUGCCCAAGCGGUUCAAGCUACUCAGAUAGCCAAUGCUGCUGCCGCCGCCAUCCAAGGAGCCCGAGUUCUUGAGGCUCAAGCAAGAGCCGGUCAAGCUAAUGCUAUUCAGAAUGCCCAGGCCUUGAAUGCUGCUCGUGUCGCUAACCUUCAAAGAGCACAAGCAGCUGCUUACGAAAACGCCCGUGCAGUUGAAGCCGCGAGACGUGCUGGCGAGGCCGCAGCAGUUGAGGUCGCUCGUGCUGUUCAAGCGGAACGCGCCGCUAAUGCUGCCCGUGUUGAGGCUGCAGCUAUUGCUAACUCACGAGCUGUAGAAGCAGCUCGUAUUGCUAACGCUGCAAGGGCUCAAGCCGCUGCUGUUGCAACCAGUGCAGCUCAGGCUCAGGCCGUUGCUGAUACUGUAGCUAGAAAUGCUGGAAAUGGAGCACUCCUACUGGGUGGUGGUGGCCUUGGAAAUGGUGGACUCAUUGGAAACGGUGGACUUAUUGGUAACGGUGGAUCAAUAGCACCACUUGCCGUCGGUUCCAGUUAUGGUCUUGGAUCUCUCGGUAAUCUUGGAGGUCUUGGAGGUCUGGGAGGUUUGGGAAAUCUUGGAGGUCUUGGUUUAGGAUUAGGAAAAGGUAUUCACUAA